CAGCAUGCCUGAACGCCCCUUCCUGCUCGCUGGAGCCCGGUUCGAAUUCCGCGGCCAGUCAGCGCCGAAUUGCACGGAACUCGACGUCUAUUACGACCCGCGGGAUAUGGCCGGCCAGUUCCCAAGCACGACGCAGGAUUCGGAUGCCUGCCAGCAGCGCUGCAAGUCCGUGA